AUCCUCCCUCCUUUCGCUCCUUGUGACUGGUCGGUGCCUGUGUCAGUCAGGGGGAGGGUGCACCGCUAAUUUCUAUAUGCCUGUAUGUCAAUUUAAGAGUCAGAUUGCGUUCUCGUGCGUCGCUGUCAGUACCAGCAGCAAGCCUCUCUGGACGUCCACUGCCUCUGUGUGGGAUUUCUACAUGUUACUUAAUCAGAUGAGACGCUCGAGACGCGCGUCUACCUGCCCACAUUGAACCUUUGGAUACUGCUGCCACUUCCACUUGAGUCUCGUGGUGUUUUUUGCUCUGGAGCUGAGCUGCUGUGUGUUAAAAAGAGCACGCCCGAGGGGGAGACUCAUCACUAAACUUUAAAGAAGACUUUGCAACUUUGGAGGUACAUGUAGCAGCGAGUUCAUGUGGUUUACCAUCUGACAGAAGCAGACUAUUUCUCUGGGAAACUUAAUUUAAAAAAACCCCCAAAAAACAACAUGUUCAGCAAGUGCUCCGUUGUGUUAUUGAAUGUCCUUUUUCUGGUACGUGCGCUCGCGGCUCAUGAGUGCACACCGUGUAAUCUCUGGACUUGUCCCGUCAAAGCCCCGCACGGCUGCGAGGGUGGCCGGACCUUGGCCAGGGAUCCGUGCGGAUGCUGUGACCACUGUGCCCGGCUGGAGUGGGAGCCCUGCGGCGGACAGGACUGGGCGCACGGCUACUGCGCCCUGGGACUGACCUGCGCGUCUGUGAACAAAACAGGAGCAGCCACAAUCCCUGAAACGGGAGUAUGUAAAGUGCUCCCCGAGCACCCAGAGGCAGGCCUGGAGGACGAGCGCUGUCCCCUGAUGACAGGCUGCGACAGAGCUGGAGGUCAGUGUGUGUGCGAUGCCCGUCACUCCUGCCUGGGCUCCUUCACCUACCCAGACCAAGAAACCUGCAUGAAGGCCAGCAAGUCAGAAGGUCGAAGGCAUGAGCACCGGGACAGACACAGAGAGAAGUAUGUGGGACCAUCCAACCCGGCCUGCAUGUUCUCUGGGUGUAACUUGACCGCCGAGGGCUGUGUGUGUGAGUCUCAGAGCUGCCACCACCACUUCGCCUACAUCAACCGCAGCCAGUGCCAGGAAGCCGCAGAGGAGCUGAGGUGUGCCGGUGUGACGUGCCCCGCUCUGCAGGUGCCCUCCUGCCCUAAGGGUUCAGUCCUGACCAAGAGCUACACGCCCCCUGCUGGCUGCUGCCCCUCCAUCCCGUCCCAGUGCACUUGCGACCUCCGUGCCUGCCACAAGCCCCAGUGCCCAAGCGGACAGCGCGCCGUACCGCUCAGCCAGGCCAGCGGUCAGCCAGGAGACUGCUGUGAUGUCUUUGAAUGCCAGAAAGUCACUCCCAAGUGUGUCCACAAUGGGAAGGAGUUUUCCGAGGGUGAGGUGUACCGCAUGGACCCCUGUUGGCUGUGUCAGUGCCGGGGAGGAAUCUCCUUCUGCUCCAAGGCAGAGUGCGCUGAACUGGACUGUGAAAACUUCUACAUUCCUGAGGGCGAGUGUUGCCCUGUCUGCAUAGAUGUGGAGUUACUGUCGAUGGACAGCACUAAGGCCAGUUGCUGGGUGAAUAAUAAGCUGCGGGCCCAUGAGGAGCAGUGGAAAGAGGACGACUGCACCUUUUGUCAGUGUGUGGAUGGAGAACCGCACUGCACGGCCAUGGCCUGCAAACAGAGCUGCCAGUACCCUGUCAAGAUCCCUGGAGAGUGCUGUCCCUUCUGUGAAGAGCCUUCUUAUGAGACAGUCAGCCCCAUACUAUGCCCUCCCCUGGAAAACUGCUCCCUGUCAGGGAGUGACUGCCCGUACGGCUUCCACCAAGACAAAAAUGGAUGUCUGCUCUGCCAUUGUCUCAACAAUGACUCCUGCCCUGACCUGGGAAAAUACUGUUCCCUGCAAUGCCCAAUGGGGUACGAGAGAGACGAUUAUGGCUGUGAGGUGUGCGAGUGCAGCAUCCCUGUGCCCAAGUGCCGACCUUUGUCCUGCACCAAGACCUGCCCUUAUGGAUAUGUGAGGAACAAGCAUGGGUGUGAGAUGUGCCGCUGUGUCAAGUGUCCUCCCUUCACCUGUGACAAGCACUGCAGCGAUGGCUAUCGACAGAACAGGAAGGGCUGCUCCAUCUGCAUGUGUAAAGAAAGUGGCCACGUCCCAAGCACCACUGCCUCAGCCCCAAUGCCCAGCUAUUGCCUCACCUCUAAUGGGCACCGGUACGACGAAGGUGACGGUUGGCACGACGGUUGCCGUGACUGCUACUGCCACUCUGGACGGGAGAUGUGUGUGCUCAUAUCCUGCCCUGUGCCCAGCUGUUCUAAUCCGGUUGUGAGGCCUGAACAGUGUUGCCCAACAUGUGAAGAUGAGUCAGGCAGCGGCCAGCCAGAGGGGAUGGACAUGGUUGUGUGCAGAGCACCUGGGGGGGAGUUUUACGUGGAGGGGGAGACCUGGAACCUGGACGAAUGCACACGAUGCACCUGCAGGAAGGGACGUGUCCUGUGCGACACCGAAGUGUGUCCCCCGGCCCUCUGCCAGACACCAAUCAGGAACAAGGACACCUGUUGCCACGUGUGCCCAGAGGAGACGCUGAGCCCCUUGCUGCCAGUGAACAACAGCCAGCAGGAGUACUGCAUAACCAGCGACGGAGACGUGCUGCUGGCUGGGGACUCCUGGAAGGCCAACGCCUGCACCAGCUGCACCUGCAACAACGGCACCAUUCAGUGUUUCUCUCAGCGCUGUCCGGCUGCCAACUGCAGGGUGCCCGUCUUACGCAAGGGCCAGUGCUGCCCACACUGUCUCGAAAUUACAACGUCAGUGCCGGUGAUGGUGUCCACCAACGCCCCCAAGACAACGGCCACCAUUACAGUGGAGAGUGCAGUGUGGAUCACCACUGUCACAGUACCGCCCAUCAUUGCUGAUACAGAUGAGCCAGGUUUGGGUGAGAUAUACCCCAGCCAAACGGAGAUGGCUCUCAUCUACCAGUCAGCAGCCUGGAUCCUGGCAGGCCUCCUCCUUGCCAUCAUCAUCUUCCUCGUCGUAGCGUUGCUCAUCAACAAGAAGAAGAAGUGGGUGCAGAUGUCCUGCUACAGUGCACCGAAGAAGACGGUGAUCCUAAAGAAGCACAUAAACAAGAACUCGGUGGUCUACAUGGAGCCCUCCAAGGAGAACAAAUUCCAGAACGUAAAGAACGACUGCGGCAUCAUCCACUUCUCCCCAGAAAUGAGCUCCUCCUGUGCGGACAAGAUGACCAUCCCCAGGGCCAAGCUGAGCAUGGGCAACGACUGGACGCCGCGCUAAAACAAACACACACACACACACAACAAAAAAACACAGCGAAAACUCUGCAGAUCAGAGCUGUCCGGCACCUCCCACUCUCUCUCACUGUUGUCUCCAUUCCAUGGUGAUUAGUGCAAGCAGUGCACACACACACCUUGGGUGCCGCCUUGGUCCCACCCUUCUGUCUGUGUGAAACCGAGGAUGCUCUACAAGAGACAAAGCAACUGACCUCUGUUUCUUUUAAUCUGUGUCCAUAUUCUUCUAUGUUUGGAUCUUUGUGGUGAGGUGAGACGCUGGGAGGUGGAUGGACGGGUGGACGCAUAAAAGACACAGCCACUCCGGGCUCUGCUUUAAAACAGAGAGGGAGGCAGCCAGAGGAGCUCCUCUGUCAGAAUCAGACUUUGACUGUGAACAUUGUAAUAUUAAUGCUUAUUGUUGCCUCCUUUUGAAACUGGAACUUUGAGGCAAUAAGAGGAGCAUAAAAAGCUUUAGGGCAGGGGAUGGGCUGUAGUUACAAGGGGGUGUAGAGGAUGCUGCUCCCCCUGAGGUCAGCAGUGUUUCAUGGAUGUAAUCAUUUUUUUGCAGCAGGGAGGCCAAAGGAACUGAUAAUCCAGUUGGAUCAGCAGCCAAAUAUUGUAAGUCAACAGGCUUUAUAUCACCCCCAGAUCCAACCCCCUGCUUUAGAAUGUGUGGUUUCCAUCUUAGUUUUUGUAUAUUUCUACAGUAUUUGUACUAGUCGUAGUGUUGUUCUUGGCCACCUCUCGUUUUUAUCAUGGGUGUCUCCGUGGGGCCAGAUUAAAACAUUUUGAAAAUGCCGGUCUAAACAUUCCCGUGAUCAAGUUCAAGAAGGACACACUCCCCGAAUAAUUUCUACCUUCAAACAACCCGAGGCAUUCCAUUCAGAAAAACUCUGACAGCAAACCACAAUUCUACAAAGUGAAAUAUGUGAACUCCCCCUCUGAACUCAUCGGCAAUACAGUAGCCAAUGGUCUUUAACUUUCCCCUGAGUCUCAGCCGACCAGAAAGAAUCAGUUGUACUUCAUCAUCACACAAAUUGCAAGGUUGAAGCGAUGUUCAUCCAGGAACAACGUCAUUUUUACUGACUGCAGAGUGGUGCCAGAAGCUUCAUCUGGACCUAUGAGGAAUGUCUCCGAUACCAUGACUCACUUCUAACUUCAUUCACAGCUGUGUGCGAGUGGAGCUACUGUUCACACUGAAUGCUGGUGAUAGCAUUGAUUCAUUUAAAAGCCUUAAUUUUACAGCCUUAAUGCAUAUCUUGUUUUCCUUUAAUAACUGUGUUAGCCAAUAUAAAGCAAUCUAAAAACAGUUACAGCCACAACAUGAAACAACUUUGAUCAUCUCGUUAACAAUGCAAUGUUCUGCUGGGAAACCCUGGGUCCACCUUACACACACCACCCACCUUAAACACCGUUACAGACUAAGUACCCCCCCAACCCUUCCAAUGCAUCAUGCCACUCUCAAGACAUGAUCUGACCUCCGAAUUCCCCACAUCCCAAUUCCGAUCGAUUAUCCGUGGGAUGUACCCCACUUUGCAACUCAUAGGACUCAGAGGAUCCACCACCACUGCCCUGGUGCCAGACAUCUCAGGACACCCCCAGAGGUCCUGUGUCCAUCCCUCAACAGGUCAGAGGUCCCAUCGUGGAUCGGACUUGGCUCUUACCUGUCAAGGCACGAAUGCAGGACCUCAGGGGUACCAGCAUAUCCCAUGGAUGCUUGAUUGAAUUGGGAUCUGGGGAAUUCGGAGGCCAGGUCGAUGCCUUGAGCUCUUUGGGGGGGCCAUUUGAGAGUGCCGUUGCCUUGAGGAGGGGGUGUACUUGGUCUCUAAUGGAGUGUUAAUGUGCCACAUGAAUGCCAGGACCCAAGGUUUCCCGGUAUUGUAACUAGAAGAUCGAUGUUCUUCACUUCACCUGUCAUUGGUUUAAAUGUUGUGGCCGAUUGCUGUAUAUUCCCCCAGUAUUGAGACGAACAAAUUGUGUUGUAAAGACAGUUUUCAGCGUUUCAUAUUCGAAUGAUUAAUGUGUCGUGGAAGAGUCUAAGUGGAGCUCGCUAGAACCUGUACAUAAUGGUACACAUUACAACGUCUGAGCAUGUUAGAGACGUAGCACUUUUCUUUGGAGCCAGUGUAUUUUUUUUUUUUUUUUUAAAGAAAGCUCCCUGCAGGAUUCUUGUAGGGAUAAAGUCCCUAAUCAGGGAUUUGAUAUAGGCAUAUUAAGCCCACGGAGAUGUUAAACCACUCAAGUGAACACGCUGUUGCACCUAGAGGCUCUGUACCAAUCUGAUCAGUACGGGGGGAAGGGUAGACUCUGAGAAGCAUUACGAAACAAACUGGGGUUUCAUAGGAAAAGGUUUUGGAUCAGAGUUCUCAAUCCAUUGCCAAUUCUCUCAACACAAAGACCUUUCUGAUGCCAAAAUUGGUUGGAGACCAAUUUAUAUUGAAGUGUUUUAGUAACUCAGUAGAUUUGUGUCUGUUUGAAUCAUGACCAUGUGCUUUAAAAUGAAGAGGUGACUGUAAAAGCUUACGCAAUUCUUUGUUCUUCUAUGUGUAAAAAAAAAAAAAAAAAAAGUAGUUUAAAUUAGUAGGACAGAAGAGUACCUUAUUUAUUUUUUCACAUAGCUUUAUUUAUUAUUACUAAACUAUAGUUUGAGAUUUUUUUUUUUUUUUUUUGAAAAAUGAACUCUUGGUAGCCAAAGCUGCUGUACAUUGUAGACUAUUUACCAUUUCUAUCUGCUAUAUUCUAUACAACCUUAUUUAUUUUACUGUUGCAAAACCUGUAAAUAUGUUUCCUAGAUGAUGAACUGUAACAUUUACACUUAUUUUGAAAAUAAAUGUGUGAACC